AUGUUGGGAGUCUGCCUUAGAUGGGAGAUCGAUGGAUCCACUGGAAAGUUUGAACCAGCCGUUACCUACGAAUUAUUCAAUUACACCUCCUCGGAUCUAAAGGGCAGACCUGCAUCCGCCGACAUCUGGAAGAAGGUGAGACGGAUGUUUUCAGCUAUUUUACACCCAUUCAUCCUCGGACAUAUCCAGUUAUUUUUUAGGUUGACUUUCAUUCUUCAUCAUUUUGUCAGUUUAAAAUAUUAA